AUGUCCUCGAGAAGAGUGGGAAUAACCAUGAAUCCAGAGCGAUCUGGAUCUGAGAGAAUGGUGAGAUCCAAAUUGGAAUUGGUGCUGUUCAUGGCAAGUUUUUCUCAAAGGGCCACUGGGUUCAAGAUCGUGAAGGAAGUGAAGGAUCAAAAUUGCAGAAUCAUCUAUUUCGAUGAUGGUGGUCCAAUACAGGCCAUUGAUUUGGGUACAGACGAAGAUUUCAUACUCAAUAUAGAUACACACCAGGGGAAAAUCCCCGUGGAGGUGAAGUAUUCGAAAUAUUUCAAAUCAUUACCAUUGCCAGUUAGUGAAAAAUUUUUGGAUAAUGAAGCUGAUGAGAUAAGUGAUGCCUUUUUAAACUAUUGCAUGCAAGAGAUUAUGAGAAAGACAACAGAGUUCAAUGAACUGGAGCAUGGGAAAGGUUCUGGUAUUAACCAUCGUUCCAAUGAUGAAGAUGCUCUGUCAUAUUAUGAAAUGAAGAGAUUUUAUACACAACUUGUCACUCCUUGGUUUUGUCAAAAAUAUAUCCCAAAGAGAAUAGUGGAGAAAUUGUCAAGUUCUGAAAGUGAAGAGGAUGAGGAGGAAGAAAUUGAAGAUGUUAAAAAUAAAAAGUCAAAUGGUAAAAGUAAAAAUAAUAAGAAAGAAGGUAAAAAAAAAGUUGAAGAACCUUUAGAAGAUUAUACCCAGGGCCCCAUAAUAUAUCCAGAUAUCCCUUCAGGAGGUAAAAGUGGUGCCUUGUUUGGAAUAGAUAAAGGUCAUCCAUUUGGAAGAUUGAGCUGA